AUGUUACUUUCAAGUAUUGUUUCAUUUGUGGCAGAUGCUGCUGUCGUAUCCACCUCAAUCGCUUGUCUAAGACAUUUUACAGGAUUUUCAUUAUUAAGACCAGCCAAUAAAAUUAAAAAUGAUAAAAUAAGAACAGGCCUAUUAGUUUAUUUAAACUCUGGUGAAUUGAUUUUUAAUAAGGGUUUGGAAAUGGUUAGAAAUUCUUCUAUUAAAAGUUUAUCUUCAGAUUCAAAUAGAAAUAUAAUAGACAACAGCAAUAAUAAUCAACAUCCCUCUUCUUCUUCUACUUCUACAUCAUGGAAAAAGUUUUGA